AUGCGGGAGCAUGCUCCCUUACAGGUUCCCAACCACAAAGUAGUUUUCCUGGAAAGCGAAACAUUCGAUUUAGACAAACCACACGACGACGCUCUAGUAGUUCGUCUUGACGUUGGGGGGUGCGAGCUAUCCAGGAUAAUGAUCGAUACCGGGAGCUCGGACGACGUGUUAUUCUAUAACGCGUAUAAACAAAUGGACUUCAGUGACGACACACUCUGCGGCACCAGAUCGCCGCUAACCGGCUUCGCAGGCGAAACCACCUAUUCGAUGGGCACUAUCACACUCCUGGUAGUAGCUUGCGGAGUCCAACAACUGACAGUAUUCGAAGUUGUAGACCGCUCCGCCCCCUACAAUGCCAUACUAGGAAGGCCAUGGCUCUAUAAUAUGAGAGCAGUACCUUCCACAUACCAUCAAUGCGUGAAGUUCCCAACCGCUGAGGGAGUCAAGACACAACUACAGAAACAAGAAGAGCUCGCCGAGCAGCGGGCAAAAUGGGGAAACGACCCCAUAACUCGCGGUCUACGCAAGGACCUUGUUGUCCCAGUCUGUAUUGACGAAAAACACCACGACCGAGUAGUCAACAUCGCAUCAGAACUCUCGAGUUCUGUCCGCGACGAACACAUAAAGUUCCUCAAAGAGAAUAUUGCAACUUUCGCAUGGUCCACAGAGGACAUGCCUGGGAUCGACUUGCAGAUAACUUCCCACGAACUAAAUGUCAACCUGACCUUCAAACCCGUCAAACAAAAACGCCGCAAGCUUGGCCCAGACCGAGCCAAAGCAGUGAAUGACGAGGUAGACCGACUACUUAAAGUUGGCUCAAUCAGGGAAGUUAAGUACCCAGAUUGGCUAGCCAAUCCGGUCGUUAUUAAAAAGAAAAACGGGAAAUGA